AUGCUUAAAAGCAAAACUAUUUUUAGAAACCCUGACCGGAGUACAGAUCUAAUGUGGACCAGCGACGAGUGCUCGCGUUACUAUCUUUGCUUAGAUAACGAUGUCUUCGAGUUUCAAUGCUCCAGCGGAUUGCUAUUUGAUGUUAAUCGACAAAUUUGUGACAUGCCACAAAAUGUUCACAAUUGCGAUUUAACGACAGAAAUAUUAGUACCCCAACCGCUUCUGGAUGUGGCGACUUGUGCGAACGAAACACAUUUAGGAUGUUCUGAUGAUACAUGUAUUCCCGCUGAAUAUUUCUGCGAUGGAGCCGUAGAUUGUCCCGAUUAUUCAGAUGAGGGCUGGUGUGAUGAGAGCUACGAUCCUAAUUCAGCAGAACCAUGCGAUCCCAAAGAGUGCCAUUUACCUAAGUGUUUUUGUAGUCAAGAUGGAAAACAAACACCUAAUAAUCUUGUACAAAGUCAGACUCCACAGAUGAUAACUCUAACAUUUGACGGUCCAAUAAAUCACGAAAACUGGGAUAUUUACUCGAAACAGCUAUUCACAGAAUCCCGUACAAAUCCAAAUGGCUGCCCCAUAAAAGCUACAUUCUUUGUGUCACAUCCGUAUACUAAUUACCGGCACGUACAGAAAUUGUGGAACGAUGAACAUGAAAUUGGAGUGCAUUCGAUAACGCAUCGUGGUCCCGGAGAAUGGUGGGCAAAGAAUGCUACUAUUGAAGACUGGUUUGAUGAGAUGGUAGGACAAGCAAAUAUUAUCAACAAAUUUGGAAGGGUUUACAUGGAAGACUUCAGGGGUUUGCGUGUUCCCCAUUGGGCAGUCGGUUGGAACAGACAGUUUCUUAUGAUGCAUGAGUUUGGUUUCGUAUAUGACGCUACAGUAGUAGCUCCCGUAGCUGAUCCGCCUUUUUGGCCUUACACCUUAGAUUAUAAAAUGCCCCAUCAAUGUAAAGGAAAUAAUCAACUAUGCCCUACAAGAAGUUAUGCAGGCUUAUGGGAAAUGGUUAUAAACCCACUUGUUGAUGGGAAGCAUACUUGUGCCACUUUAGAAUUCUGUCCCUCUAAUCUUACUGGAGAUGCAGUCUACGAGAUAUUGUUAAACAAUUUUAAAAGACAUUAUUUGAAAAAUAGAGCACCUUUUGGUAUACAUCUCAACUCAACCUGGUUGAAGAACAAUGACUACUUGUCCGCACUCAAGAAAUUCACCGAUGAAGUACUGAAGCUUUCUGAUGUUUAUUUUGUGACAUAUAGCCAAGUUCUCAAUUGGAUAAAGCGCCCAACACCUGUAGUACAGUUAAAGAAAUUCCAUCCUUGGCAAUGUGGCUAUGACUACUUUCAAGAAUCUGAUAUUGCUUGUGGCAAGCCAAAAACCUGCAAGUUACAAUCAAAAGUAUUAGAACACGACAAGUAUAUGAUAACCUGCAUGGAGUGUCCAAAAACCUACCCUUGGAUUAGAAAUGAAUUUGGAGUUGAG